GCCCCCGCCCGAACCCUUCGCGGUUUUUGUGGGGAUCCUUCUAGAUUCCCACCUUCCUUCCCAAUUCCUUCCCUUCAUUCCCACAGUAACGAAAUUCGCUAACGUUUGCCGGUACUUGUUGCCAAGCAAUUUCCGAUUUUCGUAUCUAUCUGGUGAAGCCGAAGCCCUAUACCUUCAAACUCUGGUCAUUCGAUCAACAACCAGCGCCACGGGCAAAAUCCUUGAUUCUCACGCGAAAUUUGGGGUCCGGCCAAACACUGAAGCAGCCACGAUGGGCAUAAUCAGAAGUUGCUUCUCUUUCAUAGCAGGGACGGUCUGUGGGGUUUACUUGGCUCAGAACUAUAAAGUUCCAAAUAUCAAGAAGCUUGCUGACACUGCCAUGGUCAUGGCCAAGCACGUUGAGGAGCAAUAUCGCAAACCUAAGAAGGGUAAAGAUGACGACAACUAUGAUUAGUGCCUCUGAGAUGCCACGUCAGAAUCAGAUUCUUGCUUUUUUUGUUCUUCCUUCAGUCCUGGAUUAUAUAGGAUCAAACGUGUUAAUGACAAAUUAUCGAGAAACACGAGUUAUUCAAUUCUUGUUAUAGAAGUGUUUUGAGCAUUAAAA